AUGAACUCUGAUACUCAAUUUCUUCAGUUAAACGACAUUAUAGAAAGAAUUCAUACAAAAAUUCAUAAGCAUGGUAUUACUGGACUCAGAAAGUAUGCAACUUUGAUGAAGGAAGCUGAUGAAGAUCCCGACAGAUUAAUUGAUUUAACGGAAGAACUUCCUGAUUUAUUUGCUGACGCAGGAAUUUACUUAAAUUUAACUGAACACAAAGAAUUAUCAACAAUUCUCGAUGAAACGGGCGAUAAAAAGGCCAAAUUUUCAAGUAUUAUCAAUAGAAUUUCAAUGCCAUUAACACCAGUCAGAAAAACGGCCAUUGCUGAAGCAUUUAAAUUCUUUAGCAAUGGUGCAGAUUCAUGUGACCCACAAAUUAUUAAAAACUUCAGAUAUUCAAGAGAUCAUCCGUUAACUUUCGCAAUCAAGAGAACACCUACAACAAAGUUAUUAAAUUCCAUGAUUAUUAUGCUUGGUAAUAGUGAAGAUGAAGUUACAGCCGAGGAUUUUGAAAAUUACUUUAGAGAAGCUGGAUAUCUUUUCCCUAAGGAUGAAGAUUUCGCCAAAAUCCUUAAAGUUAAUAUUAAGAAACACGAAGUUACAUAUAGGAGAAAGACUUGCCGUAACUCUUUCACUUUUUAA